UGUAUGGUCACGUUGUUCGGCUAGUCGUCGGCCGCACCUACCGGCAUAUGAUGGCGGAGGUGUUCUGAGAUCCAAGGCCUUCUGCGGGGGGUAAGUGCAUUGGUUAGCUUCGCACAGCUGAGGGUAUAUCGCAGCAUAGACUAAUGGCAGCGAACAACUGUUUCCCAGUGACCGAAGGCAAGCUGCAUAAAAUGACGGAUUGUUCGCAGUUACGAUACAGUGACUAACGGCAACGGCAUACCUUGAAGCGAACCCCACAUCAUCAGUGCAUCAAGAACAAAUAAAUAUGAAUCUGAGAGCGUUGUUGGGCGUCAUGGUUUUGGCGCUGGUUGUGUCUCAGAACGAGGCUGGAAUAAAGGAGAAAAGACUCGCUCAGUUCUUUUUACUCGGAGUAGCACUCGCUCCUCGAGGCUUCGUACCUGUACCCGUCCCUCAAUAUAAGAAUCAUUACGGCCUCAAGCAGCAAAAGCUUGAGCAUAUACACAUUCAUGCUCACUCCAAGCAUGAGGACCACGGCGAUUAUCAUCAUCAUGGACAUCAAUAUGAGCAUCAUGAAGACCAUGGGAAAAAAGUAAUCGUGAAGCAUGAAACCGAGGAGCCUCUGUUCGAGAUGACCCUCAACUUAGGAGGACUAUAGUUUUAGCUAUUUAAAAUAGGCUUUACCGAUAACUCACGUAAAUUAUUGUAAGAAGAUGACAGUUAGGAACUACAGUUAGGAGCGCAAAAUUAAACAGGACUUGAUGCCUUCAGGCUCUAUGUAGACGUCAAGGCAUGACGGAAUAAACCGGUAGGCAAGUAAGUUCGUUUAGAUGUAGACCUUUGUACGCAUCGUAUGAUAACAAAGCUUGAAAUAAUCAAGCUUUCACGUAAAUGUUUCCGCAUCGCUUAUAUCUAGUCCGGUGUCCCUUUUUGUGCGCACAUAUGAACGUGAUCAAAUCUGUGUGUAUCUUUUGGUCUUGUUUACUGUACGGAUGCUUUUAUGUAAACAUUCAAAGAAAUCUGCGAGUAAAAGCCAUGUGCUUUACAUGUGUUUAUAUAGUUCAUACGUGUUUAAUUUUUGUCACAUGUAAUUGUACUUAACGCAGAUGUUGUCACAAAACCCGUACUUUAUAUAUUGUGAUGCGCCGUAUCGCGUAGUUAAGAUAUAUGGCUAUCAGGGUACUGUAAAUGUAUUGCUAUAUAAAUAUAUGUUUAGCAGAUGGUAAAUAGUUGAAGGUAAGGUUUCAAUGACCCGUGAAAGUGAAUACAAUGCGGUCCUGACAAUGUGCGCCUCCAAAUCACAAGUUAAAAAUUGCUUCGAACUCAUAAUGUAUACUUAUAUGUAGUGAUUGUGAUUCCAUGCGUCUUGUAUAUAUACUGUACAUAAAUGCGUGUUAAAUAAACGAGCCAGUUCUAAAAAAAGAA